AUGUUCAAAUUAGAUUCAGUUCAGAUGCCUCAACAACUCAGCCAGGCCGCUCACGAUCGUGAGAAGGUAUUUCAAUGGAUUGUCGAACUCUGCAAUACUGAAACCAGAGAAAAUGCACUUUCAGAGCUCAGCUCAAGGCGUGAUAUUAUCCAUGAUCUUGGCCCAAUGAUUUGGCAUACAACAGGCACUAUAGCAGCAUUAUUGUUUGAAAUAGUGUCUACUUAUCAGUUUGUUAAUCCUCCGACCAUGUCGCUUCAACAAGUGACACGCCUUUGCAAUGCUCUGGCACUCUUACAGUGUGUAGGUGCUCACCCUGAUACUCGUUCUCAGUUCCUUAAGGCCCAGAUACCUCUUUAUAUGUAUCCAUUCUUACAUAAUGCCAACAAAUGUCGUAAUUUUGAACAUCUAAGACUUACAAGUUUGGGUGUGAUUGGUGCUUUAGUGAAGACAGAAGAACAAGAAGUUAUUACUUUCCUUCUAACAACUGAAAUUAUUCCGUUAUGUCUACGUAUUAUGGAAACUGGUUUUGAGUUAACUAAAACACUAUCAACAUUUAUACUGCAAAAAAUACUUAUGGAUGACAAUGGUCUAAGUUACAUUUGUCAAACAUAUGAUCGGUUUUCUCAUGUUGCUCUCAUACUUGGGAAAAUGGUCUUGGCACUUGAAAGAGAACCGUCUACUAGACUACUGAGACAUGUUGUGGGAUGUUAUGUUCGUUUAUCAGAGAACUCAAGAGCACGUGAAGCACUUCGGCAAUGUUUACCUGAUCAAUUAAAAGAUAUGUCAACUUUCUCUGAUUGCCUCGCCAGAGACCAGACAAUCGCUGCUUGGUUAUUAUUGUUGAAAAAUAAUUUGGAGUCUGUUAUGCCUAUUGACGUAUCUCCUGGUGUUCCAUCUCUUGUCAAGCCAUAA